AUGCCCACCUCUUCCUCCCUCUCUUCUUAUCUUUUGAAACGAGGUCAGACGAAGUUUCAGUUAAUCAUCCAAGCAUGUCCUGAACUUGUAGCGAGUGCUGGGGUUACAGAUGUGUGCCUCCAUGUCUGGCCUCAUGGAUCUUACUCCACAGAAAAGGAAACCAAUGUGACCUGUGUCUGGGGCUGGGCCAGGGUUUUCUUAGCCGUCACUGAUGCUCCCUCUGCUCUGCGAGGGGGCCACCCUUCACCUUUCUCCCCUUACCUCCUCUUCCCACAGGGCCUGUACUUGGUGUACCACCCUGUGCAGCUUUCCACCCCCCACGCCCUGGGCACCCUGCUGCUCGGCCUGGUUGGUUACUACAUCUUUCGGAUGACCAACCAUCAGAAGGACCUGCUCCGCAGGACAGAUGGGCGUUGCCUCAUUUGGGGCAAGAAGCCCAAGGCCAUCGAGUGCUCUUACACAUCAGCCGAUGGGCAGAAGCACCACAGCAAGCUGUUGGUUUCAGGCUUCUGGGGUGUGUCUCGCCACUUCAGCUAUACCGGUGACCUGAUGGGCAGCCUCGCCUACUGCCUGGCUUGUGGUGGCGGCCACCUCCUUCCCUACUUCUACAUCAUCUACAUGACUAUCCUGCUCAUCCACCGCUGCCUCCGUGAUGAACACCGAUGUGCCAACAAGUAUGGCCGUGACUGGGAGCGCUACACAGCCGCCGUGCCCUACCGCCUGGUGCCGGGAAUCUUCUGAGGGCCAUCCUGGGAAGCACAGGGAGGCUCUGUUGAUUGUGUGGAGUUGCACACAUGGCAUCCCACCUUUCCCAUGCUUGGGCCUCAGUUUGUUCAUCUGUUGAAUGGACUCAUGACAGUGUCCAGCUGGCAGCAGCUAGAGAGUGAAGUUCACAUUGAGCCCCCAGCAGAAUGACUUGUUUUCUCUGUUUAGCAUCCUGAGGGCAGAGGACUUUCAAGUCUGUCUCUGUUGGGAGCCCACCAUCUGUUCUGUGCAGAUGGCUUAGGCUUACCAGAUGUCUCCCAGGAUUGGGCCCUCCUGGUAAACUGGAGAUAAUGUUCUGCCAUGUUCUUCCCUUCCUGUUCUGCCAUGGUGGGCUGGGCCCCAUUUUUGUCUGUGGCAUGUGCAGUGUUGCUUGGCCAGCAGAGGGCCAUUCAGAACAAAGGCUUUUGUUUAGGUUCUUAUUUUCACCCUAGGAAUGCCAGGCAGGGAUCUGGGAUAUCCAGAGCCGUUGCCCACUACACAGCGCCUGGCUAACCUGGUGCUUCUUGUUUACCCCUGACACUUGGUUCUGAGGUAAACAGACUCACUCAGACAACUGAGAAAUGUAUCACCAGCCAGUGGCCUCAGCCACACCUUCCUAACCGGGGUUCCGGUGGUGGGGAGGGAGCCAUUCUCAUUAGGGACACUACCCCCCCCCCAAAAAAAAAAAAAAAAAAAAAAAAAACUCAGGGUAUUCUGUAAAACUAGAUAGGAUCCUCUUAGCCUUGGAGAUGAUUGUUUAUAUUAAAUCUGCCUUGUUGAAUGAGUCA